UGUUCCCAUGGCAACCCCCGCUUCCGGCCGCCGCAGCGGAAGUGGAGGAGGGAGGCGGAAGCGGGAGGCGGGGCGCUUCCUCCCGCGGGGCCGGGGCCGCGCUACGGCGGCCGGGAGGGGUCAGCACGCGGGGGAGGCGAAAGCGAGAGCGGAGCGGAGCGGAGCAGGGAAGCGCGGUGCUGCGGCCGGGACGAUGCUGGAGGCGGCGGCGGCGGCCGCCGAGCCCGAGCUGGACCCCGAGGACCUGGUGCACUUCUCUGUGGGCGACUUGCCCAGCCGCGGCUACGGCGUGAUGGGCGAGAUCCGGCGGCAGGGCAAGCUGUGCGACGUGACCCUCAAGGUGGGGGACCAUAAAUUCAGCGCGCACCGGAUCGUGCUGGCAGCUUCCAUCCCCUACUUCCACGCCAUGUUCACCAACGACAUGAUGGAGUGCAAGCAGGAUGAGAUCGUCAUGCAGGGGAUGGACCCCAGCGCGCUCGAGGCUCUGAUCAACUUUGCCUACAACGGCCACCUGGCCAUUGAUCAGCAGAACGUGCAGUCUUUGCUGAUGGGAGCCAGCUUCCUGCAGCUGCAGAACAUCAAGGAUGCUUGCUGCACCUUCCUCAGAGAGAGGCUUCACCCCAAGAACUGCCUGGGCGUGCGGCAGUUUGCGGAGACCAUGAUGUGCGCAGUGCUCUACGACGCUGCCAACAGCUUCAUUCACCAGCACUUCGUGGAGGUGUCCAUGUCCGAGGAGUUCCUGGCGCUGCCUUUUGAGGAUGUCUUGGAGCUCGUUUCUCGGGAUGAGCUCAACGUGAAGUCCGAAGAGCAGGUGUUUGAAGCUGCGCUAGCGUGGAUACGCUAUGACCGAGACCAGAGGGAGCUGUUCCUGCCUGAGCUCCUCUCCAAAAUCCGCCUGCCCCUUUGUCGGCCUCAGUUUCUCACUGACCGAGUUCAGCAGGACGACCUGGUGCGCUGCUGCCACAAAUGCAGAGAUCUAGUGGAUGAGGCAAAAGAUUAUCACCUCAUGCCAGAGCGUCGACCGCACCUCCCAGCAUUCAAGACCCGUCCUCGGUGCUGUACAUCGAUUGCAGGACUGAUUUAUGCUGUUGGAGGACUUAACUCAGCAGCAAAUUUUUAUGCAGGUGACUCGCUGAACGUGGUGGAAGUCUUUGACCCCAUUGCCAACCGCUGGGAGAAGUGCCAGCCCAUGACGACGGCGCGGAGCCGCGUCGGCGUCGCCGUGGUGAACGGGCUGCUCUACGCCAUCGGGGGCUACGACGGGCAGCUGAGGCUGAGCACUGUGGAGGUGUACAACCCCGAGAUGGAUUCCUGGUCCAAAGUGGAAAGCAUGAACAGCAAGCGAAGUGCCAUGGGAACGGUUGUGCUGGACGGGCAGAUCUACGUUUGCGGCGGAUAUGAUGGAAACUCCUCGCUCAACUCCGUGGAAUCCUAUUCUCCAGAAACAAACAAGUGGACAGUGGUGACCCCCAUGAGCUCCAACCGCAGCGCCGCUGGCGUCACUGUCUUCGAGGGCAGGAUCUACGUGUCGGGAGGGCACGACGGCCUGCAGAUCUUCAACAGUGUGGAGUACUACAACCAACACACGGCCACCUGGCACCCGGUCUCCAGCAUGCUCAACAAACGCUGCCGCCACGGGGCCGCCUCGCUGGGAAGCAAGAUGUUCGUCUGCGGGGGCUACGACGGCUCCGGCUUCCUCAGCAUCGCCGAAGUCUACAGCUCGGUGGCCGACCAGUGGUACCUGAUUGUCCCCAUGAACACCCGGCGGAGCCGCGUGUCCCUCGUCGCAAACUGUGGCCGCCUCUACGCCGUCGGGGGCUACGACGGACAGUCCAACCUCAGCUCGGUGGAAAUGUACGACCCGGAGACCAACCGCUGGACGUUCAUGGCUCCCAUGGUGUGCCACGAGGGAGGGGUGGGCGUGGGCUGCAUCCCCCUGCUGACCAUCUGAGGACGGAGAGCGGUGGGAGCCGCCUCGGAACCGGCCACGGUGGGAGAGAGCUUCAGCCGGCUGCGAUAGCCAGAGAGAUCCAUCUCCAGGUGCUCAAACACACACACACACACACACAACUCAACACAACCCUCCCCUCCCUCGGCUCGACUACGAGGCUGUGAGCAAGGAGCUGCCCACCUCCCGCUUUCCCCUCCGCAGCCGAGCAAAUCCUUCCUCUCCCCAGCAGCGCCGAGCCACGCUGGCUGCGCGUUGGCCGAAGCGUUGCCGUGGGUUGGGAGGGAGCAGCUCUAACUGCCACUGCCAUGACUUGAAGAACGCUCGUACACCUUCUGUCAGCAGCAAGGACCCCGGCGUCCCAGGAGUUUUAUCAGCGGUGCUGAUUUUUGGGUUGGUUCGGCUCAAUGCUGGCCACGCUGGGACCUUACCCAGUCUACCAAAGCAGGCAGAACCCACCAGUGCAGGCCUGUAAGACCAUACCCAUGCCCUGCGUGUUCGGGUGCUCCUUGCACAAGGCACUGCUGGCUUCUCCAGGUGCUUUCUUCGGCUUCGAUGGGGAAGAUUUCUCCACGCGAUGGAGAAACUGGGAGGAGAAGUCGGUUAAACCGUGGGAGCGUUGUAGCAAACUUUGGAGGAAGAACGCCAAACGUCGACCACACUAAGCAACGGCCUUGGGGUUUCAACAGAGGAAGCAAACCGAGGUGUUCAUGGUCAGGGUGGCCCUUCAAGGUCAAUAGGCUUCACCGAAAAUAAGCUUUGGCUUUUCCACGUUGGGAUGUGAGAGGCAGCUGACGCAGCGUGGCCGGGGUCUUUAAGGAGGAGCGGGACCACUGCCUCCAUUUCUGACAGCACUGGAGAUCUGUGGCUGCGUUGGGCCAGCUGCAAUUCAGCUCCUGGGAGCAGAGAACCCUGCAGCAGCAUCCCUGCAAGGGGCUGGUGGGAAACCACACUUCCCCAGCACGCGUGGGAUCAACGUCUUGGGGUUUGGGGGCCGGGAAAGACCUUGGCAAUGCAAUUAUUUCAUGGCAGCCACGCGAGGAAACUUCCUGUGGCCAAACUGGCAGGGCUGCAAGCGCUGCCCAGCGUCCCUGCUUGUCCCGUAGGCACAGCAGUGGGCUCAGCACCACUUCCAGCCCUCCCUUUGCUAUUUUCACCCCUAACCCGCUGCAGCCAAAGGGAGCUGCUGCUGCUGCUGCUGCUGCUGCUGCUGCUGCUGCUGGCUUGGACCUCCCCAGAACCAAACCCACCAAGCACCGCUCGCCCGCGUCAGCCCUCCAGCGUUCCCCUGCAUGAAUGUGAAUGGUGAGAGCCACGGCUCCCUGCCCACCAGCACAGCCACGGGGCAGGGAGCCCCUCAACACUACGCCCACCAGGGGCCACCGGGGGGGGGGGGCUCGCUGCUGCCCCGUGUUUCCAGGAGCUUUGGUGCACCCCUCCCCCCCCCACACCCCCAAACCCACGCUUCUCCUUCCUCGCUGACUCCCAGCUCGGGGUUUGAACUUUGGGUGUAUAUGUGGAUGUCUAUAUGUUCAGGUACUGUGUAUAUUUUAGGUCUGCAUCACGAGCAUAUCUGGCUAUAAACGCGGUUUGUCAGUAUGUAUUUCCUCUGCGUACACGCAGCAGUGGAUGGGUUCACUCGGUGGAUUCGUUGUGAGGUUUCUGUGCUGCUAAGACACUUUAAA